AUGGCCACCACGCAUGCAAUUCGGCAGGUCAUCUUCGAGAUUCCUGCUGAUGUGCCAUACUUCGAGAACGAGGAUACCCUCGUUCAUGAAAGACAUUCUUGCACCACGGACUACCACGUCUUUCCGCCGCCGCAGGAGCAGUACAUUGCCUGUUCAUUGCAUCUUGAAAAGAAACCCUUCGAGUCGCUCGCAACUGCGCUUGAAGAUGGGGACGGCGAGAAGAUCAUUGACCUGGGACUGCGAUACUACUCAGGCUGCACAGUAGAAAGAAACAUCGAGCGCGCUAUCGACACAUGGGAGGCGAUCACCAAUUUCAAGCAUAGGUUCUCCGUCCCAGAGGAGAAACUGACCGCGAACAUCCUCGGGCAAGCGUACUCCUGCCUCGCCGACGCUCACCUGUGUCUGGUCCACGCUGCAUUCGAAGGCAGGACCGUCUCUCGCAUCCACCCCAAAACCGACCGCAUGCUCCCCGAAGGAACGCGCGACGAGAUCAUGGCGAACGACUUCAUGCUGCUCGCCGCAACAUACGCGGACGCCGCGGUCGGCUACGGCGUCGUGACUCAAGCCGUCCUCGGCGUCGCGCGCUAUCUCGUCCGCGGAGCCGAGCGGAACAAGAUCGAAAUCCGCACCACGGAGCGCUAUAAGCCAUUCAAAGACCUGUGGCACGCGUUCGACGUGCGUGAAGUGGAGCUUGCGGAGGACCGUGCCAAGCGCGACGCGAAGGUCUCGCGCGCGCCCAACGCAUACACCUGCGCCGCGCCCGGCUGCGGUUUGAUCGCGGGCAAGAAGAAGAGCUUCAUGAGGUGCGCUGGAAAGUGCCCCCCAGAACGCAAGCCCCAUUACUGCAGCAAGGACUGCCAGCGCCGGGACUGGCGGUCUCACAAACCGUACUGCAAGCCUGACGCGCAGCUAGACAGGCCGCUGCCUUGGGGCGACUCGGAAGACGUACAGACGGGCCUGGACGUGGUCCCGUUCGUCGACCUCAAAGCGCCGGUGUCGAACGAGGAGGGCCCCGACCGUGCGGUCGAAAUCCCGCUCCCGGGGCGUCCAGGCGAGACCGUCACGUUCUACUCGCAGCACCUCACCCCCGACAUCAUGCGGUACAUGCGCGACUCCAUGGAGGAGCGUCGCGCUGGAAGGCAAGCGCGCGCGCCGAACUUGGAAGCGGCGGCCACCGAGGACGAACAGCCUUGAGUGCGCGCGUCCACGGAUGGAUAUAUGAGAGUGGCGGUAGCCCGGUGGCUGCGCACGGCGACGUUGUUGUGGAGGAUGUACAUGUUGUGCCUCGGCUAGCGGUGCGGAUCGUGUCCGGGCAUUGGGAAGACUGGCGCCUGUGCCUCAUGGGCCGGGCCCCUUGUGACAGUUUGUUGACACCGGUCGUACACGCUUUGUGUGUACCUGUUCUGUUGGAUAGAUUGCCCUGCAACGCGAUGGAU